ACUAAAAGUCGCUAAUUGCGCUACCUCCUCUCUCUCCUCUUCCUCCUGCAGCCUUGAUGCAGCCAAGUAAAGAAAAGUAUCCCAUAUCAUACCCAGCUACCCAAGGAAUACUCUUAUGCUUCCAAUAUAUAUCUUCUCUUCAUCACCCCAACUUUAUUCAUCGCCAUCAUUAUUCAAUUGUAAUCACAAUCAGUACACAGCUAUCAAGGCUGCCAUUCACCUACUUUAAGCAUUUAUUCACUGCAUAAACUCCCACAAUGAUAUCUCGGACCUGCGCAAUGGGACUCCUAUUUGCCGUCUGUGUUUUGUUGCUCUUGUGUUCCAAAACGGAGAGUUUAUCUAUCGGGGGCAGCAGCACAAUAGGCAUCAACUACGGACAACUAGCAGACAACAUACCUUCGCCAAGCAAAGUGGCACAGUUGUUGCAGGGAAUCAAGAUAAAAAAAGUGAAACUGUAUGACUCAAACCCAGAAAUUCUGAAGGCUUUCGCUAAAAAAGAUAUAGCACUGUGGGUGGGCAUUGGGAACGAAAACGUUGCAGGGCUGAUUACAACUCAAGGGGCCCUGGCAUGGCUGAAUCAGAACUUGACUCCCUAUUUACCAGAUACCAAAAUUGUGGGUAUUUCUGUGGGCAACGAGAUCUAUACAGGAACUGAUGCACAGCUCAGUGCUAAUCUGGUGCCAGCAAUGUCGGCCAUCCAUUCGGCCCUCGUCAGCCUUGGCUUGGACGCCUCUAUCCAAGUCUCCACUGCCCAUUCCAUUGGUGUGUUGGGUAGCAGUUACCCACCAUCUGCUGGUGCUUUCAGGGAGGAACUGACUAGUCUGAUAACACCACACCUGGAAUUGCUGUCAUUAACUGGUUCCCCAUUUUGGCUCAACGCCUAUCCUUUCUUUGCCUACAAGGACAACCCAGGGAAGAUUUCUUUGGACUAUGUCUUGUUCAAGCCUAACCAAGGCAUGGAUGAUCCUGCUACUAAUUUGCACUACGACAACAUGUUAUAUGCUCAGGUGGAUGCCUGUUAUACUGCUCUUAGUGCACUGGGCUAUGGCAAUUUGGAAGUGAGGGUUUCUGAGACAGGGUGGCCUUCUAAGGGAGAUCCUGAGGAGAUCGGGGCUAGUAUACAGAAUGCACAAGCUUAUAACAGGAAUCUGUUAGUCAGGCUGGCACAGAACCAGGGGACACCAAUGAAACCAACUGCUAGUCUUGAGGCUUAUGUAUUUGCACUGUUUAAUGAAGAUCUUAAGCCAGGUCCAACUUCAGAGAGGAACUAUGGUCUGUAUAAGCCCGAUGGUGUUAUUGCCUAUUAUGUUGGUCUUGGGCGUUCUUCUGCUAGCAAUGCCCUCUCUGCUUUCACUUCCUCUGCCCAGGGAGCCUGUGAUCAGCUGACAACAUUGAGAAGACUGUUUAUAAUACUCUUAAGCAUUGUGUGCUCUUACCUUCUCAUCAUCCGCUGAACAGAACUCAUUCUAUUCAUGAUAUUCUUCAAUGCAAUUGAUCGUACCUAAGCUGAUUUAUUAAUUCUUCGUGGCAAAGCCAUGAGGCAUUCAUAAAUGAAGCAAGGAUUCAGUAGGGUGUUUGAUAACAUGGAAUUUUAACAUUUAAUGGAAGCAUGCUAACGAUUCUUUUACCUUCCCCGAUUCAGUUCAAGUUAACUAUUUCUUUCUGAUCUACUACGUGUCACUAUGAUAUUAGACCCAAUUGUGGCAAAGGCAUAUAGGCCAGAAAUAAAGAAAACAAAUUUUGUAUUUGUAAUAUAUUGUUCUAGAAAAAAUGUUUUCCUUAUAUUAUAUGGUCGCAGUGGCCAGGGUGUGCUAUGUAGUUGUUUUUUUAUAGUUAAAAGUCAAACAGCAAUUGUCUUUAUUCAACAAAUCUGAUGGUUUUCUAUUUGGAAUAUGGGAAACCCACAUGUGAGGACUUCUUUUCCUUGUCUGCUACGAUCUUAUCAAUCUUCGAGUUGCUUUGGUGAUUAUAAUUGUCUAUAAAGUAAAAUUGUAUAAAAUGUUGUAAGUACUUUUCUUGGUACAUGGGCAUUGAUUUGCUGUAUGAGGUUUUUGUGCUCAAGGAAGAAGUAUGAUUCCAAGGAAAUAAAAUCGCUUAUUUUACAUUGA